CAGCUGGGGAAAGGAUUCAGACCCCUGGUGGCCACAGAAAGACCUGAGCCCUCCUGGAGGGGCCCCCAUGGGUUGAAGAGGGGAGUGCUUUCACGGCUCCAUUCGUUUCCCUUUCAGCCUCUCAGUCCUCCAGGGUUCCUCCAGAGAGGGGAGCCCAGUGCCUGACACACAGCACAUGCUCAGUAAUGGGGGAGUGUGGUUAUUCUUAGAUAUGGACAAAUAUUGAGGGCCCAGUAUUCCCUCUGCUGCAGUCAUUCCUAAUCAGCAGCAGGAAAACUGUUCAAUUUAGUGUUAUAAUAUUUUCUGAUGCCUCCUAUGGGUGGGCACUUUGGUGGGGGAAGAGAACAGAACUUUCCCGGGAAGCUAAAUAGCAACCCAAACCUAGUGGUGAUGGGUAAUACUGGAUGCUUCCUGUGGGUCAGGCAAAGGGUGAGGACAUUACUUACAUGCAUGUGGCUCAUCCUUACAACAGAUGACAGAGCAGAAGCUCAGGAGAGGUUAAGUGAUCUGUCCAAAGUCACAGGGCUAAGAGUGGUGGACCCAGGUUUGUCUAAUACCAAACCAUGAGCUUUUUAGCCUUCUGAGCCCAGAAAGGGUAUAAUGACAGUGCCCACCCAGAAAACCACCUUUCUGGUCCUUAAACAGUUCACGGGGUUGAUGUGUCACCCUGAGGCAGGAGGAAAAGCCUUCCAGGGGGUUGGCUACUCUUCUGGGCCACACUAGACUGGCCGACUCUUAUCAUUUAUUCAACAAACAUUUAUCAAGAAUCACUUUUGGCACCCAACACCAGGGAGAUGCCUGGACAAGUCGUUUCUACGCUUAUGGAGCAUACAGUCAUGGGAAAAACAGAUGUCAUGUGGCCUGUGCUGUGGACCGUGGUACGUACCUAUGCUCCCUAUGUCACAUUUCCUGUGGCCUUCGUGGUCGGGGCUGUGGGCUACCACCUGGAAUGGUUCAUCCGGGGAAAGGCUCCCCAGCCUGUGGAGGAGGAGAAGAGCAUCUCAGAACGCCGGGAGGAUCGCAAGUUGGACGAGCUCCUAGGCAAGGACCACACCCAGGUGGUGAGCCUUAAGGACAAGCUGGAAUUUGCCCCUAAAGCUGUCCUGAACAGAAACCGCCCAGAGAAGAAUUAACGGAGGACACAGGGACGUAUAGGUCCUUCUGUAGGCUGUGACUCGUCCUGCCACCAUGUUGACCCAGCAUCCAGAACACUCAUCAGAUUCGCUUUGUUGCUACUUCUGGCCCCUCCCACCACAUACAUACUGGCUGCUCUUUGGUGGCCAGGCGCAUACACUAACAGCUGAGGUGCCAGUGAAGAGGAACGCCUUGGGAGGGUUUUGUCCUGCAGGCUGCAUCAGUUCUGUACUGGCCACGACUGCCCAGGCUUCUGCGCUUCUGGGCACACUGCUGGGAGGAGUGUUAUGAAACGAACAAACGUUGGCUCUCGGUCUCCGCGGGGAGGCAGUUUGGCCUCAAGCGGAAGUAGCUGGGAUUGGGGUGUUGCCUUAGGAGGGAUACCACAUGUCUGGUUCCUGUUUGCAUGGGAAGAAUUCAAAAAUCUACCUGUCUCCCUUCACUAGUUUACCCUGUCCUUUGUGUUCACUCUUCCUGAAAUCCUGUCCUAUCCACUCAGGAAGGGGAUUCCCCGGGGGGAAGGAGAGCAUUUUUCUGUUUUUAGAAGCCCAGGCUGUUUGUUCACCUUGAUGCAGGUGAAUUUGCUCAAAAACCAUCACCAUUUUCACCCCCCCACACCCCCCGCUUCCCAUCACUGUAUAGUGCAAAACUUGAUUAAAGUGGCAUCUGAGAACCAUA